GCGCGCUAGAUGCACGUCCGCUUACUAGCGCUAGCGGUACUAGCACUCGUAGCGUACUAGCACGUAGUACUUUCUAGUACUUAAUAGCUGAUGUAGUGUAGUUUGUGUUUUUAAAUGAAUAGUGACGUGUUUAUAUUGUAAUUUAUAUUUGACAACAGUAAAACCUGUAAGGACACAGUCAGCUGUUGUGAUGGUUACAAACAUGGGUGUUAAGCUGAGAUUGAAUUGACUAAAAAUAACGACAAAAAUAAUUUAAAAUGUUAUAGUAAUUAAGUGUGUAGUUGUUGUAACUAACCUCAAUGUCAGUGUUAGUGAUAAUUGUAAAUUAAAUUAAAAUUUAAAAGAUAAAUCCAAAGGAUUUCAUAACUAAAAUGACAAUAUAGCGAAAACCAAAAACAAAAUGGCGUCCUCGAACGGCAAAGACUCUAAAAUGACGGCGUCAAUAGACAGCCUGAAGCUGUCAAGUAAAAAUACGUCAGUGUGCUCUUCGAAGCAUGCAUCGUCGGAGUCCGUGCUGUCCAGGAGAGACAAGGACAGCAUACAGAUGCAGGAGUGUAAGAAGAAGCUGUUGAACGAGCAGAUUAUCAUAAGGGAUGAGAAUGUGGUGCUGCGGUCGCCCGCGCAGAAGAAGAUUGUCAUGCCACCUACUGUCAACCCUGAGGAGCUAGCAGCGGCAACGCCGACCCAACGCAACUGGCGCGGGAUCCUCAUAGCGCUCCUGGUGAUCGCGGCUGUGCUGGGCCUGAUCGUGUUCAGCAUCGCACUGCUAACGCCGGCCGGUGACGGUGGGAGGGUGCGCGGGCGCCGACCUGCGCUGCAAGAGCUGCUGCAGGAGCAUUACAAGCCGUUUAAUGGGACUUGGUUGUCAGAUGAGGAGCUGGUGUUCCGUGACCGCUGGGGCGGGCUCACGCUGUUCAAUGUACGCAACUUCACCACGAGGCUGCUUAUGAACAACUCCACUUUUAGAGAGCUAAACGCCGUAGACUUCAAAGUAUCAGCGGACCUCAAGUUUGUGCUGCUGGUGUCGGACGUGAGGCCGGGCUGGCGGCACGCCAGGCUGGCCAGAUACCACGUCUAUGACGUCAUCAACAGGAACAAGAUCCCUAUAUCUCCCGUCGAGGAUGACCGAACAGCGCCGCUCCUGCAGUACGCGGAAUGGUCCCCUACUGGAUCUAGCCUGGUGUUCGUACACGACAACGACAUCUACUACAAGCCCAGAGUGCUCAAAACACUGGUGUGCCGGAUCACCAAUAAUGGUGUUCCUGGCGUGAUCUUCAAUGGCGUCCCAGAUUUCCUGUACGAGACGCAAGUCCUGCGGCUGGAGCGCGCGCUCUGGUUCAGUCCUGAUGCGCAGACGUUGCUCUAUGUCAGCUACAACUGCUCGCUCGUCCACCAGCACCAGUAUCCUUGGUACGGGCUGGAGGAACAGGAGCCUCCGGCCUACCCGGCUAUUAGGACGCUGAGGUACCCCAAGGUGAACACGAACAAUCCAGUGGCGACGGUGUACGUGGUCAGUUUGAAGACGCCCAAAUUCCUCUUCCCGCACGCGAUACAGUUCACUCCGCAAAUUGACAAAGACUGGUACGUCCGCUGGACGGCGUGGUCGUCGGAACGGCAGCUGGCGGUGCUGCUGCUGAACCGCGCGCAGAACGUCUCCGUCAUCAGCGUCUGCAGCGCCACCAACUACAACUGUCAGGACAUAAUCCGCGACGAGGCCGACGGCACCCGCUGGUCUGGCCUCGGCGCUGAGCCGGAGCCCGACUGCGGCUGGUGCGGCGGCUCGGCGCUGCUCGGCGGGCGCACGGCGCUCUUCACCAGCGCGCCCGUCGCCGACCGCGGCGGGGCGUGGCGGCACGCCGUGAGGCUCGGCCCGGACGGGAAGACUAGCGUCACACAAGGACCGUUCGAAGUGACGCAGUUAAUGGGAUGGGACGAGGGAAGGAAGCUACUUUACGUAAUGGGCACUGCACCAGAGAAGGCAGGCGAGCGGCACUUGUACCGCGUGCGAAUAGCGGAUGACGGCACUUGGCCGGCGCCGCACUGCCUAACGUGUCCGGACUCAGCGCCUCUACCGCCUGACGAGCCGCCGCCACCCACCAGUGAGGAACCGCCGUUGCAGGACCCGGAGAACUCGACGUCGCCGCUGCCGGCAUGGCCGACGUCGACGGUGCUGCCACACGUGGCCGAGGAGAACGACUCAUUGCCCGUCGAGUGUCUUUACAACCGAGUCAUCUUCAGCAGAAACUUCUCUUACUAUGUCCAGGAGUGCUUGGGUCCUGGACCACCUACCAUUUUCCUAUGCGCAUCGAACGGGGAGCGUCGCGCGGUUUUGUGGGACGGGGCCCCGCUGCGGCAGAAAUUUGCCGCACUGGCCGUGCCACAGGCCAAGGUCUUCAGGGUUGAGGUGCAAGCGAACAGGGAGGCGCGUGUGAGACUCUACCUGCCGCCAGGGUUCCGCGAGACCGACGAUCUGCCGCUGCCACUCGUGCUGCACGUGUCAGCGGAACCAGGAGGGCAGCUGGUCACGGAGCAAUGGAAUCCCGGGUGGGGUUGGUACCUUGCAGCCGCGCGUAAUUUCAUCGUGGCUGAAAUUGAUGCAAGAGGCUCUGGCGGGCAGGGAGAGGAGCUUAGGACUGAAAUAUAUCACAAGCUGUUGUCUGUAGACGUGGAAGAUCAAAUCGCCGUUUUAUCGUACCUCCGCGACAACCUGAAGAUGGUGGACGGCAGCCGCGUGGGCGUGUGGGGGCGCGGGUACGGCGCGGGCGCGGCGGCCGCGCUGGUGGCGGACGACGCGCGCAACGUCACGCGCUGCCUCGCCGCCAUCGCCCCCGUCACCGACCUGCGCCACUAUAAUUCAUUCUGGACGGAGCGAUACGCGGGCUACGGCGCGCACUGGGCGGGCGCGCUGGGAGCCAGCGCCGUGUGGCGUAAAGCGGGCAACCUUCCACCCCGCCGACUGCUGCUGGCUCACGCUACAGCUGACCUCGCCGCGCCGCAAGACCACGCACUGGCGCUCGCUCGGGCGCUGAUACGAGCAGGAGCGGUUUAUACGCACCAGAUCUACCCAGACGAAGGCCACAACUUCGAGCGCUCCACCAUCCACCUGCACAAGGCCAUGGAACAGUUCUUCGACGAGUGCUUCGGGCCCGUGGAGGUCGCCGACUGGGACGUCGGCGGGGUGGGGGGGCUCUUCCCCUUCCGCGACUAGUGCGAGGAGGGGGGGUUCUUAUCCUGCUAGAGCUGAGCUUGCUCUCAUAGGAUUGUGAUGCUGAGCUCUUGUAACUAGUGCUGUCUUUAGAGGAUUACCCUCUCAUGCCACUAGUCUGGUGCUGAAGGACCCUCCCUCUUUCGAAUAUAUUGGGCAUCAAUGACUCUAACACUACUUAUUAUGCUUCUAUAAAGAGAAAUUUGUUUCUUGCGACUAGUGUGGUAUCAAGUUCCUCCUAAAACAACUAGUGAUACUGGAACAGAAUUAAUCCUGCUUCGUAAACGUGCAAAAUCUUUGACUAAACAACUCAAAAAUUUUAAUGGUGCAAAACCCCACUACAAUGAAAUCUCCGUAAUAUCCAAAUAUAAUCCGGAGAAGCACUUAGAGAUAUAAUCAAACAGAGAAACACUGGAGUUUCUAGGAAUAUAAGAAAUGAAUGAUAAUGACAUGAAUCUCAAUUUAAUUCUAUACAUGUAUGUUUACCUAAUGUAAAAUAUUAUUGGUAGCGAAUAAAAGAUCAAACAAGUUUGUCAGACAAAAGGUGAAAGAAAAUUCAAAUUUUCUAUACGACGAUAACACUUUGCGCCUACAUUAUUCAAAUUUCUCGCUCUUUUCUACUAUUGGAAAUGGCUUGACAGAGUAUACAUACAUUGUAUGCGAAUUGAAUAAUUUUGUAGAAUGAAAAAAACGGAAACAUAAAUUAAACGCUUCCAAAAUAAAAGAUAGUUGGAUAUUAAGAGAAAAACUAUGCAGGCAUUAUCUUCAAGAUCUGUACGUGAAUUUUUGGGAAAUUAAAGAACCGUGAACCAUUUUUCUAUUAAUAAAGUGGUUUCAAUAAUGUUCCCUGAUGUUUAAAUCUAGCCUAUCGAGAGUUUAAUCUUGUGAACGAUACGACUAUUCAGAUGUCGUCAUUUGCUAAAAUAAAUGGUAACGAUAAUUCCUCUUAUCUUCUAUUUAUCUAAGUGUCACUAAAAUAAGUGAAUUGAUACGUGUUCAUUGUUAUUAACUUGAGAAAACUGGAAACCUAAAAACGUUCAAGACUUAGAGAAAUUAUCAUUCAACGUAAAAAGAAACUUGUGGAGAAGAUGUAGAAAGAAACAUUGUAGAAUGAAUCCAGAGUUAAAUUUUCAGGGCUUUUAACUAGGUUGGCCCCAAAAUUUGGCCUGGAUUACUAAAACCAAGGCACAGUGAUGUUUGUAUCUAGAUUAAACAAAUAUGUACGUGGCAUAAUUUUGACCAAAACUUUAAGAUAGUUAAGAUAUGAGGUAGAAAAUCUGUUAAUAGUAUUGAUGCCAUUCGUGUUCUCAUAACGAAGUAUCUGGUCUUAAGGUUUUGAUCAAAUUAUAUCUUGCGCCAUUUCUAAGAAUGGCCUUAAAAAUCUAUAAAAACUAUCUACAGUUCCCAGUUAAACUACAAAUCAGUUUUACUUAUAGAAAUAUUUUACUUUUAAAAUACUUAAUUCAAAAAUAUUAAGAGUUGUGGCUAACCACAACUCUUAUUAUUCUCUCAACUAAUUGAGGACCAAAAUCCAAUGAACUUGUAUUUGAAUGACAUAUUUAAACAAAAUGAAGCCAAACUUGCACUUCCAAGAUAAAUGGAUUGAUAAAAUAAAUCUUUGUGUGAUAAAUAUUUAAGGUAUAAUAUCAAUGGCUGUUUCAAGUACUUAUAAGUAUAAUUUUUAGUUUCUCCUUGUUUACCAGAUUGCCCCAAAAUGGUGGGUAAUUAAUGUAUUUUUCUCAAACAUGCAAUGAAAUAUUGAUGUUAUGUUCCUUAUAAUAGGCUGCGAAGUAUGACGUUUCAGGUGCGGCUAGGACAAAAGGUCGUUAAUGGAAUUUCAUACACAUCUUGCAGGCCUAGGCCGGCAAAGUCCUCUUUUUUAAUUUUCAUUUCACAGAUAUUUGUGACACAGCAUCGUGGCAUUCAUCCAUUAAAAAAAACUAGAGGCAGUAUUUGCUUUAUGGUUCGUAAUGACACUCUACCACUACGCCUAUAAAAAAAAACAAAAAACAAUGUUUGCUAUAAUUUGCAGUUUUAUUUGUAUAAAAUCAACAUAAACUUAAUAAAUAAUACAUUCUAUAAUUUUAUAAUUUUAAGUUAUAAAUUUAACUACACAAAUAAAAACAUUUAAAAUAUUUCAUCUAAACGUUAGCGGUAAAACGGUCUACUCAAACACGCGUAGUUAUAUUUUUUAAAUUGUUAUGGAGGUAAAGUUGAAAAAUAUUCAUUCUGUUUUAUUGGAUUUAUGGUGCGUUGUUGAUUUUUUGACUUUAAUAUGAGUUCCGACGAAAUAAUGAAAUUAAUAUUAAUUGUAAUCGUAGGUGUUGGAAUUGGCAGCGUAAGCAGAAUUGAUUUUAAAUAACUUGCUGCCUCUGCCGCCAAGUCAAAGACGAAGUAUGUAUAUGGUUGCUUAUGGCAAUUUUAUUAUUUGAGAAACUAAGAAAAAUGGCUUACAGUUUAUUAGAAACAGUUUUGUGGCAUAUUUUAAAUGAAUGUAACUACAAAUUCGUCAACACUGUGGAAAUUAUACUUAUUUACUCCAUGCAUAAAGCAACGAUGUAUGUGAAACAUGAUAUCAAUAUGAAAGACUAUGUAAACUUAUGUGACGAAAACGACAGUCAGACGGAUACAAGGCGAAAAAAUCAAAGAUACAUGAAAAUAUACGGGUAGUAAAAAUACACGACUCGUGUAAAACAUACGCGUGAUAAUGAUAUAGGUACGUGUUGGUUAUAUUUUGGGUGUAGUUUAUUUUUAGUUUUUUCUAUAAAUAAAACUUGGGUUUCGUGGAUUUUUUAUUUUAUUUAUUUCAUUGCAUGUUUGAGAAAAGCACUAUACAUACCUCGGCGGGAAAUGGGGUUGCCCGCGCUCAGACCUAUCCGGCUCGCUUCGCUCGGCCGUCUAUAUGUCUUCGGCCGGCAACCCCUUUCGUCCCGGCCUCUGUAGUAAUGUACUAUAUGUUGAUUUUUUUUUCAUCUUUGAUAUUGCGUGUAGCCUAAAUGGCAUUAUGGAUGUUGACAUGAUUAAUAAUGAGAUGUCUAAAGAUUAAUUUUAUCGCUAAUUAUUGACGGUUUGUCGAAAAAAAAACCAAAUACCAGUAUUAUUUAUUAUUUUCUCAUAACUUUACAUAAAGUUUUAUGUAACAAUAACUACAAAUAAUAUGAUUUUCUAGUUGUACAGUCAAAGAAUUUAAUUUACUACCCCUUUUGUACUUUGUCACAGUGACAACCGUAUGAGGUCUCUAGCGGCUUUCAUAUUGAUUGUCACUGUGACAAAGUUCGAAAUGGGUCGGAAAUUAAAUUCUUUGACUGUAUCAUACCAUUCAUACCCUUAUUUGAAAGAAUGUUAAAAAUUGUGGAUAAAUCCAAACCUUUGAAGCCUAAAUGUUAGACUUUAUUGUGAAACAAUAAAAUAAAGUACGUCGGUUAAAAUAGUUAUUUAAAGAGAUAAAUGUAGUAUUUUAUUAGAUGUUUAAAUUGAACUCAAGUUCGUGAACAUAUUGACUAAUAAUCCUUACUUACUGCGAAAUCAAUUGUUCACCGGCUUGACGAUGGGAUAACAACUCCCGAAAAUUUUCUUAUGAUUAUUAUAAGGAAGGAAAUUCUAUUUUAUCGUGUAACGUAUCAAGAUCUUUAUCUAUACUAUUUCUAUGUCGCUUUCAAUGUCAUCGUAAAAUAGCUUUAAAUAUAGUUCCCUUAAAUCCUUACCUUGAUAAGAAAGUCUUUAUUAUACAGACGACUUUUUAGUACAGUCGCCAUCAGAUAUAUCGGAGCGGCGAAGGCGCUCACAAAUAUCUGAACACGCCUCUAUUGUCAGGACGUUAAAGUGCGUGUUCAGAUAUUGUGAACACCUUGGCCGCUCCAAUAUAUCUGAUGGCGGCUGUACACGGUCCUACUGUCGUUCAUCAAGUACUCAGUACAAUUUCAACACAUAUUUAAAACGCUUGAAAUUAUAAUGUAUUUUAUUACUAUUGGACAACUAUAAGUCUAUCGAAGUGUUAUUUCUGGGUACUGUACCUUUAAAGUCAUUUGUAAAAUAAAGAGUAAAUAAUAGAUUGUACGAGUAACUUACACCCACAUUGACUUUAAACCGCCUAAAAUAUCAAUAUCUACAUUAUAUUUUUGCCACAAACAUACGAGUCGAGGGGGGAUACAAUAUCAAGAAGAAUAAAACUCUAUCUAAUAAUUAUAAUAACCUACUCAUUUCGAGGUAUUUCGCAGGCGAACCGCUUUCGACACCGAUUAGAACGAUGAUUGAUAUCAAACGGAAUCAUUUUGUUUACUAAAUCUCAUUUCAUUCAUAUUAUAAGUAUUUUUGGAAUAUUCAAAUGAAAUAUUUGUAAUACUUUACUGCAUAAAGUAACGUCUGCGUAUGCCUCAAACGCACCUUGAAAGUUGCCGAGAUUUGAUCUUUGUGUAAAAUAGAACUCCGACAAAAAUCGUAGGUAACUGCUUUAGUUUAGAGGAAACGUAUGAAAAAGUAAAUCAAGCGCUGUAACUAAUAUAUUUAAAGGCAAUUUAACUGUGUGAAUGUUUACAGUAAAGAUUUACAGUCAGCUUUAGAUAUAGCUGACCUCCCCUUUCUAUGCAGAGGGGGGGGGGGUGAACUAUAUCUGCAGAUUGCACAUCGACUCAUGCCAAAUCAGAAUAUAGAAAACAUCAAAAAGAUAUAGUUACAGAUAGAAAUAUUUGUAGACAUAUGGUAAGUCUCGGCGACAGUAGUCUACUAAUUCUACCCUUACAUUGAGUUAGCUAAGCUAGUCUUAUCUCUAGUCAUUUCAUUUCCCUAAGAAUUGUAACUAGGUGUCGAGGUUUUUAGAUCUCAAUGAUAUGGAUAUGAUUUUCGUUGAAAAGUUUUUUAUGUCUUUUUUUUUUACUCAUAUUAUCCGGAGAAUUUAGAAUAGAACCAGUGAAAAUCUUGAGAUCCAAAAAAAAAAUGUUUUCAAACUUGAAUUUGUUAUUACUUUUGGUUCAGUUUAAGAAAAUCCUAUUCUAUAUAAUAUUGUAUAGAUACGUAAAGUGAUAUAUGUUCAUAUAUACUACAUUUUACAUGUCUUAACAACGCUCAGUGGAUAUAUUGUUUGAAUUUAUGUUGAAUUGUUGUUUCAUAUAAAACAAUAAAAGUUGUUCCCAA